UAAGGUUUCUAUGCUUCUCCGAAUCAAAACAUCUGAACUGUUGAAAUCGCAAUUCCUACCGACAUCAUCAAAGAUCUCCAACAUUACGAACUUUCUUCAAGUUUUCAUAUACCCUAGAAACCCUUCGGACCUCAGAAACUAAUAUACAUAUAUCCCAAAUAAAGUCUUAACCAUGGUUAGUCUCCUUUCCAAGAAAGCUGGACUUCAACAACCCCGCGGUCUCCAGUACUCGGCUUGGAGCUGGGAAGUUGGUAGCUUCCAGUUGGAGAGAGGAUAUAGUGUUGGAGGAAGAUGAGGUCGCAACUAACAUGCGCAUUCACAUAGGCUGAUUCUCUAACUGAAGAGCAAGUCUCUGAGUUCAAGGAGGCCUUCUCCCUCUUUGUGAGUUCAUCUCCCUAACUUUUACAAUCUCAGCCCUAUGGACACUUGGCAGGGUAUAUUUGAAGAUAUGGUAGCUGAUAAUUUAUGACUUUAUAGGACAAGAAUGGUGAUGGUUAGUAAUUUCAGAUUAUACUUUCCAUGUCCUAGAUCGACUCUCCUCCUUUAUCUACAUGCUAGACAUCUUGACCGACACCGCCCCUAUCUCGAGCAAUUGUUCCAACAAGGAGGCAAUAACACGAUUGAGCAUGAUAACACAGGACAGGGCUGAUAUAUAAAUUCAUAGGACAAAUUACCAGCAAGGAGUUGGGUACCGUUAUGCGAUCCCUUGGACAAAACCCUUCCGAGUCUGAGUUGCAAGACAUGAUCAAUGAGGUCGAUGCCGAUAACAACGGAACCAUUGAUUUCCCAGGUACGGCGAAGCAUAAUAUAGUUUAUGACUCACAAAGCUGACGGGAUCAGAAUUCCUCACUAUGAUGGCAAGAAAGAUGAAGGAUACCGACUCUGAGGAGGAGAUUCGUGAAGCAUUCAAGGUUAGUGUUUCAUGGGUUAUUAACUAUCGCAAAGGCUGAUAUUUUGUUUAUAUAGGUUUUCGAUCGUGACAACAAUGGUUUUAUCUCUGCUGCUGAACUUCGUCAUGUCAUGACUUCCAUUGGAGAGAAGUUGACUGAUGAUGAGGUCGAUGAGAUGAUCAGAGAGGCUGAUCAAGACGGUGAUGGAAGAAUCGAUUGUAUGAACAACUUCGCCAAUGCCUCAUUCCAAGUGUAUAUGCUAAUGAUUAUUUACAGACAACGAAUUCGUCCAGUUGAUGAUGCAAAAGUGAUGGAGCUUGCUUUUUUCGCGUGAUCUUUUAUUGCUGGGAGGGAGAAUAGUCGGCGUACACAUCACGGGUCUUUUGGACAGUCAAAAUUCUCGUGGGCGCACGACUGGACUGGUUGACAUUCAGUAGAGCGUUGCAGUUUUUGGUGACGUUGAUGAUCAAUGAUAACCCAUCAGACAUAUUAUUGUCUAGUUUAAUACCCUUUACCAGAGGUUUUAUC